AUGCUAAAUUCGCGCGGACGUGUCGUCGAAGAUCUCAUUUUGCACAGGCAAUCCGAUGACAAAAUACUCAUCGAAAGUGAUCGGAACAAUCAACCAAAGUUACGAAAAUUGCUGGAAAUGUACAAAAUGCACAAAGAUGUGGCAAUUGAAAAAACAGACUAUUCGGUUUACCAUGCAGACGGUGACGCCGGCAUCGCUGGUUUCCCGGAUCCGCGGCUUUCAGAAGGUGUACAUGCGCAUGAGGAGGCGUAUGAAGAGAGGCGAUUUGAUUUUGGUAUUCCGGAAGGGCCGAAUGAAUUAGCUGGUGAGCUUCCGCUAUUCGUGAACGCGGACAUCAUGAACGGCAUCAGAAAAUUCCAUCAUAUGUGGGGUCACGAAAAAUUUGUUUUAUCAUUGCCCAGAGGCUUGACUGUGCGUGAAAUCGGUCAUGUAAAAUUGCGAUUUAGUGCUGACAAAGGAUGCUAUUUGGGACAGGAAUUGACAGCUCGAGCACUCAGCGCACCAGAAGUACGGAAGCGACUUUUGCCGUUUACUUGUUCCGGUGCAGUUAGCGGCAAGCUGGUAAGCAGUGAAGGACGACGGGAAGGGAAAAUAGUUGCGUGUAAUGGAAGGAAAGGCUUAGCUAUGGUGCCUUAUUCACCAGAUUUUAUUCAGAAACAGUUUAGAACGGAAGAGGAUGAAAUAGACGUGUUUUUGCCUUCGUGGUGGCCCGGUACCUUCGCUUCUCAAAAGCAGGAAGCUGAAUGA